AUGUCCUCUCCCACCGACGAGGCCGCCGAGAUCUCGGCCCAGAUCCUCCGCGCCAUCCAGCACCAGCUGGCCGACGUGCUCCACGACCAGCUCCUCGCCGCCGGCACCCUCGUGAAGCCCACCCUGCACCUCGAGGGCGUCAUCCACGAGGGCUGGGAGGGCGCCGCGGACGCUCGACCCGUGUCCCGCCGCAUCCAUCUCGGCUCCAUCGACAUCGCCGCCAUCAGGGCCGCCUCGGCAACACCGCAGACGCCCGCCAGCACCACCACCGCCGCCGAAACCCCUGGCAACAAUGGCGGCACCCUCGCGCUCUCGCGCCCGCAGCGCGCCCGCCGCCCGCCGCCGCGCGACUACCUCUCGGACCCGGAGCCGGCGUCGAAGCGCUGCAGGAAGGAGACGGGCGGCCUCCGCCUAAGCCGGCCGUCCAACCACCUGUCGCCCACGAAUGCCGGCGCCGCCAACCCGGGCCGGCUCGACGACAUUGACGAGAUGACGGAUCAGCCCGCCCCCGUCCGCCAGAUCGAGCCCGAGACGAAGAAGUUUCCCCAGCGCAAGAAGGUCGCGCCCAAGGUCCGCCCGCUGCAGCCUUCGACCCUCGACCGUCUGAUCAUCGGCAUCUGGGAGCAGAUCCACGGCAGCAUCAGCUUCGACCCGCAGAUUAUUGACCAAUGGAAAGAGCCGCGAGCACAGAAGAGCAUCGACUCGGUCAGCGCCGCGUCGCACAUGGAACUCUAUCCGGCCAGGGGCAAGUCGACCAGUUUCAACCGGAUGAACGUCCUCUGCAGGAAAGUCACCACUGCGAGCCGCUGCUGCCGCUCCCUCGAGGUCAUCGUCCAGGCCUACUGGAUUCAGUGCUUCGAAGCGAGGGUGCAUGCUCUGUGCGAGGCCAAUCCGCACCAGUCCGUCACCAAAUGCCGGAAGGCCGCGCUGAUGGAGGCGUGCCACGAUUUCGGAUGGAGCGAGAAGGAUCUCAGGAACAAGAUGGCAAUAUGGCGAGGCUACCAUGAGAUCAAAGAGGCAGCGGGAUGGGUCGCUCUGGUAUUCGCCGGCAUGGGUAUCUACCGCUUCUGCAAGUACCGCAUCAGCUUCGACAAGGAGGCCAUGCAGCGUUUGGCCACUCUUCGCUCCCGCUUCGAAGUGGCGGCCGACACGUUGCAGCCUCAGUGGCGACAGCUUCUCUCCUUCAUCGGGGAAUCUUCCGAACGGACGUUCCAUGGUCACCCACAUGACUGGGUGGUUGAGGAGAACGGCAUGCCUGUUCCACUGGCCAGUACUUACUCCCACUGGGAUCCUAAUUUUUCAUACGAACACAUCGACUUUUCAAUCCUAGACGUGGAGGCGUGGAAUCACACAGACCCUCGCGAGCUUUCUUCUGACAAACCACAGCAGUAUUUUACAUGCGCUUCUUGUAGAGAGCUGCAAUCCGAUGAUCCUGCCGUGAACUCCUGCCGCUGCUUUCCCAGCCUAUACGGCGGCCCGCGGAACCCGUGUCCAGUCCAAGUCUUCCGGACACUCAACGGACGAAACAAUGGCCUCGUAGCUUGUUGCAUUAAGCCUUUCGAAAGAGGGACAGCAAUAGGAGAGUUCGUCGGGCUCGUCACGCGUGGCUUGCACAACAUGGACGUCAUGCAGGGCGAAACCAACGGAAAGGCGUACCAGAUAUGGCAGGGGCGACAAGGCAACUACACGAGAUUCGUCAACCACUCUUGUCACCCAAACAGUCAGUUCGAGAAGUUCACUUGGCUCGGCGUUCAGCGCAUCAUUCUGGUGUCCAAGGGCAUAGGGGCCGGUCAGGAGAUCACCGUCGACUAUUCGGGGAAGUAUUGGACGAAUCUGGACAAAGAGUGCUUGUGCGGCGAGAGCUGCUGCAGAUAUCGCAACAGGGGCCACGGCAGAGUGGAUACGAAAAGUCACGAUUAA